GACCGGAAGUCGCUACUGUAGCUCGCGCUACUGACUAACGUUACCCAAAGUCUCACUUUUCAGUGGCAUGUGUUCACUUGGAAAGUCUUCAUUAGCUUAAAGCCAUGAAGAAGAGGUUUAAUAUCAAUCUGGACGACUCCGCUUUCACCAAAGAGCGAGCACCGCCAAAACCGCAGUUUCAACCUUCAUUCAAAGCUGGACAGAGCACAUCUGCCUCAACUUCAUCACCAGUAAAGCCUGCCCCUGAGCCCGCUCACCAGCCAUUUUCAUAUGCAGAAUAUAUUGUCCAGAGUAAAAGCAAUGUGGCUGCUCCUGCUAAGAGAGACGGUCCCCCUAAAUCACUCAGGACUGAAGAUGUUGGUGUGAACAAUCUGAAGCAAAGUGGGGCAGAGUCAGUGUCGUCUGCCCCAGGAGGGUGUGAGACAGUUCAGGACUGUGCUAAAGGGACUGAAGGUGGAUCUGAAGAUGUAAAGAAGAGCGAGGGGACAGUUGCUGCUACAGACCAAAAAGAAGGGAACUGUCAAAGGUCAGAUCCAAGCCUGGGUCCAAAACCAGUGGGGUCCGGGAUCAGUAUCAUUGUCAGUCCUCGACAGAGGGGAAAUCCUAUCCUGAAGUAUGUGAGGAGUGUCCCUUGGGAGUUCGGAGAAGUUGUACCAGACUAUGUCUUGGGCCAGACAACUUGUGCGCUCUUCCUCAGUCUGAGGUAUCACAAUCUCAAUCCAAACUAUAUCCAUGAACGUCUGAAGCAGCUUGGACAGACUUUCACCCUGCGAGUGUUGCUGGUACAAGUAGAUGUGAAAGAUCCUCAUCAUGCAUUGAAGGAGCUGGCUCGCAUCUGCAUCAUGGCUGACUGCACUCUCAUCUUGGCUUGGAGUCCAGAGGAAGCCGGGCGUUACCUGGAGACAUAUAAGUCAUAUGAAAAGAAACCAGCAGAUGCACUGAAGGAGCAGGUUGAAAAGAACUAUCUGUCAAAGGUUACAGAUUGUCUGACCACUGUGAAGUCUAUAAACAAGACCGAUGCCAUGACCUUACUGUCAACUUUCUCAUCUGUGGAUGGAAUCAUCAAUGCCUCUAAGGAAGACUUGGUCCUCUGUCCAGGCCUUGGUCCACAAAAAGCACGGCGACUCUAUGAUGUGCUGCAUAAGCCCUUCCUCAAGUCCAAGACAAAAGACAGCUGAAACGUCUUACCAUGGAUGUGUGACAUGCUCCUGAAAAGAAGUUGGUGGUCGUAUUGAACAACAUGCGACACACUCACACACGUCAGAGGACUGAAUUACAUACUACAAACACUUGAUUUACUGGAGUGAAGAAAGAAAUGCUGACUGCCCUGAGAUUGUGUAUCAGCCAGGGGUGAUGUUUUAAGACUUUAAUGUGAACAGUUUAGCUGCACAUUAAUUCUGUGCUUUAAGUUAUGAUUAAGUUUGAUGUAUUCUUUUUUUAAAAAAUGUAAAUAAAUGCUAUUUUGUAAUAUU